CACAGAGUGAACUCUCAGCUGCAACAUGUCUGCCGAAGACCAUGAACAAGGCAGCAGAGACCAGUUGAUUCCCCACGGAGAAGCUUCCGCCCCAUUCGAGAGAUUGGACGAUCGACAGACGCGAGUUCAGGAAACGCUGAAUCAAAUAUCCCGCCUCAUUCCUAGCCAGUCUCCAACUCAGCCCCCGCAUUUUGAUGAAGGGGAAAUUGAAGAACCUCCCACCAGCGGUCGUAUCGCCGGUCAUGCCGCCGGCCCCGGCGCCUCCACACCGCCGUCCACGGCGCAGAGGACUUCGGUUAGCGCCGGUCAACUGACUCUCACAACUCCCCCGACCGCUGUCUCCAACACUGAUGCAACACGAGAUGCCGGGCAGGCCAACUUCUUGGUCUGUGUAGUGUUUUUGAUGUUUGGUGCAACAGCAGCUCCUGCUUGUCGUAAAGAAUUCAACCGCGCUUGCGACCUAAAACUACACACAUGGCGGUUCCACGUCCACAUCGACGAUCAACGCCAUAUUAAGGCCACCGAUAUCCAGCGCUGCAAAGAACACGAAGCCACGGCCAAUCAACAACCCGGGCCGAGACCCAAAGGGCUGAAGCCUGAUCAAGCGAAACAGACGGCGCUAUUUCUAAGAAAAAACCCCCUCGAUCGAUUCUCCAUUGAGGACUGGUAUCGCUUUGUCGACAUCAUCGCAAUUCUUAACGACAAGCGUCCUCGGCCAGAGGAACGACACAGGAACCACCGCAUUGCAUGUAUCUCGAAGUUAUGGAGAUCACGAUAUGGGCAUAGCCUUCCCGACUACGGGUUGCAUGGCAAGUUCCGGCUACAACUUUCCCCCCAUGUUGUACUAUGUAGUCCCCUUACUGACAGCUGUCUGCUAGUGGAGGUCAGCAAAGAAAACUGGGCUCUUAUUGCGAGAAGCGUACGAAGAGCCAUGGAUAUCGUGAAGAAUCCCGAGGAAGAAUGUCCCAAGUCUUUCAUAAAGUCCGAAGAAAGUUUCACGGACCAUAGCAGUAAUGUAACUGUACAAACGGAGCAAGUCGAUUUUGGUGGAACAUGGGUCCCAGAAGUAGGCCCAGAAGGUAUGGAAUUCAUUCGCAACAUGUCGAAGGAAGAGAUGGAUUACUGCAUCACCCUAUGGGGUCCACCACCAGGAGACGCAGGUCCGGCGAGUGGACAACCUCGUGAGGAAUGCAACUGAGGAGAUCUAGAAUAUAAAGAUUGUGAAGAUAGAGGAUUUACGACUUCCCCGUUUACUCAUAUUGGGAUAGCAUGCAUAACAAGCGGGGGGUGGAUCUGAGCAAGGCAGGGUAUUAGAGACGGAUGAUUGACUGGGCGUUGGAAUGGGCCUGAUUUCAUUGCAUGUAAACGGUUAUAGAGGCAGCAUGGAUGGAUUCACACUCGGCAAUUAAUCGGAUCACACAACCUUCAUGCGCCGUGGUGCUGUG